UCUAAUAAAAAAAAUAAUUUUCUGUAUAAAAGUUCGCUAAAACAAGACCAGUUUAAUAGCAUCGCUUUAGUCUGUACAAUUCCGUUUCUAGCAGCGCCUGAAAUCAUCUUACGUUUGCAUUUGUACUGAGCGAGGCUGUCCCUGUUAACAUAACAUUUUCUGUUAGGCCACCGCAGUUGAGUUAAUAUCUGUUAUGUUUUUAAUGUAAUAGACCACACUUUUCGUAUAAAAUAAAAUAAUAAUAAACAUAUAGUAAAUAAGUGGAUGUCAGUGAAGAGGUUGUACGGUAUGAUGUCACAGUAGAGUUAAGGUCAUUAUUCGGUGGGAAUGGCCGAACUCAUCGCCCUAGAAAUAAAUUUAGUAUUACAGCUACUAUUUAUUAUUGCUAUUAUUGCUAUUUUUCUACCUACUGGCCCCCAAAAAACCAAAAAAAAAAAAUUAUUGCUAUUAUUGCAUUUCUUUAUUGCUCUGGUUCUUUUUAUGCUUUUAAUAACUGGAACUUUUAAGAAAAAAUGGUGUGAUUUUCUGAAACUCUAUAAAGUACGUUUUUGGAAUUAUAAGCUAAGGUCAAAUAUUUUUCCCCAGUUUACCUACCUAUUCACAAAUUGUAGUAAGUUGGUUGAAAUGAAGUAGUACGAAAAAUAAAAAAGGAAAAAGUUAAAAAAGAAAAUAAAGAGUAAAAUAAAAUUAUAAUUGGAAGAAAUGAAAUAAUAUAAAAAAAAUUAAUAAAAAGUGUGCUACAAAAAAUAAAGCUUAAAAUAAAACUAAAACUCCCACCUUUAUAUUACAUAUUUUCUACGUUAUGGCUUGAAUAAAAAGCUCAACAUUUCAUCAAAAAUAAAAUAAAAUAAAAUAAAAUAAAACCAAUUUUAUUAUAUAAUAACUUUGCACACAUGUCUUGCACCAAUAGCAAAAAUUAUUCUUCAACAUUUUCCCAAACCCAGCAUUCACCAAUUUCCGGCACACUUUUCCUUUUUCACAUUUUUCUACUUUUUUCUAAAAUCGUCGCCCCAACCGCUACGCCAACAAACUAAAAUUAAUUUGAACAAAUCAAAUAUUUCACCAAAUGCCACAAAUUGGUGAAACCUACACAAUUUAACCAACACUUCGGUCGAAAACCAGACUACCGCUUAUCCCUGGGCAACGCCGCCACCGCCGCCGCCGCCAUGCAAAUGCCGCCGCCACCCUCGAUGGCGAGUAUGCCAACGUCCGCGUAUAUCAGCGGCGGCAUCGGCAUCAACUAUUACACCGCCACGCAGUCAUCGGUGGCGCUGAAGAACAAUGUGUUGGCAUACCAGCAACAGCAGCAAUUGCUACAACAACAACAGCAGCAGCAACAGUUGCCGCAAGCAGCAGCGCAGACAGCAACGCAGCAAGUAAUACUCACACAGCUACAACAACAGGCGCAGGCACAGGCACAGGCACAGCAACAACAACAGCAAGUCGCAGCUGAUUCGGGAAUGCGGCGUCGUUUGUUUGCCGGUUUUCGUCCAUUAUCGGGAUUGGGACGUUUACGUUCGCGAUCAUCGCAACAUCGUUCGAUAUCAUUGCCCGAAAGUAAUUACAACAAUAGCGUGCCAACUAUUUAGAACUUUUGAGACUCUUUCACUCUUGCAUCAUUGGUAUACUACUUAAAUACUUGUGCUCGUACUUUGCCUACUUACUUAUGUACUUAAGUACUAUUCAUUUCGAUACA